GCCCGGGACCAGGAAGUGGAGGUGACACAUUUUGGAGGAGCCGACCGGGAGACCGGAUGGAGGAGUGCAAUGUGGGUGGUCCGGGUCAGUCGUUUGGCCCGCGCGGCUUUCUGUUCUCGGAGCGGCAACCCUGUAGGGCUCUCUUCUGUUCCGUCACCUCAGGAAGAUGAACGCGGCAGGAAAAAGGUAACUUUGGAGCUGCUGGAUCAUCUGGAGCAUCUUGCACUUGUUGAUUUUCGCAAUCAGGAGGGUGUGGAGCGUUUGGAGAAAGCAAUAGAAUUUGCUGAUCAACUUCAUUCUGUUAACACAGAUGGUGUAGAGCCAAUGGAUUCAGUACUGGAGGACAGGUGUUUGUAUCUCAGGGAAGAUAAUGUUACAGAAGGCAACUUUGCAGAUGAGCUACUGAAGAAUGCUAAUCGGACUGUGGAAGAGUAUUUUGUAGCUCCACCAGGUAACAUCCCAUUACCAAAGUUAGAAGACAGACACACUUUCCUGCAGGAAAAAAAGCCCUCGGCAGACAUGCUACCGCUGACUUUUUAGACUCAAUAGUCCAUGCAGUUGCAUCCAGGAUUAAAUAUUCCAAGCCUCUUGCACAACCUUCUGUGAAAGGAUGAUGGACUGCCUUGCUUGAGGACUAUUAACACUUGCAACAAAAUUUUGAACAUCCCGUGUAUACUUACAGCCCCCAAUUGAGGUAGUUACGCAGCAUCCACUUAAAACAAGCUUGUAAUUUCCAUUAGAGUGAGCGUGUACCUAACUCUAUGUUGAAUUGGGGUAAAAAACAUUUUUAAAACCCUCACCCACAAAAAAAAAGCAUUAAUCAGGAAGGGAGUUGGUACAAAAAAAGGGGGGAUCACAUUUGAGGUGACCUGCACACAAACCUUUGAAAAAACAAUUGUGAACACACUAGCCAAUAUUCACUAUUAUGUUUUCUGCCAAGUAGAUGGAAAGAAAUGAGAGAAGCUGCAGCCUUCAAUGUACACAAGGAUGGAGUGAGAGGUAGAGUGUAUUUUAAAAAGAGAAAGUUGCCUCACUGAUAUCCAGCACUGUCAGACAACACCAGAAGAGAGGAGUAAAAAAAACAGAUACACAAUACUCCCCCCCAACCAAAACAUAAAUUGGAGCAGUUUACAGGGUUUUUUAAGUAAAAAGCUAUACAUAUAGUCCUCAGUGGUGUCAGUGUUGGUCCACAGAUGUUUUAUAUGAGGUAUAAAUGUUUCAUUUUAAAAUAUACAGUAUUUUACAAAGAG